CCCAGAACACUCCUCUCACAUUGUUGCUGAACCGAUCAGCGCACACAGACAAACCUGCCAACACUUAAGUCUACUCGCUGGAUUUCAUCUCCAUGGCAACAAGCAUGGAAGGCCAAGAGGUGAUUCCAGAAGGAAUUGUGAAGAGCCACAACAAUGUACCAGUGAAUAAUGAGUAGUACCUACUGUGGCAACUCUUCAGCUAAGAUGAGUGUCAACGAAGUAUCAGCUUUCUCAUUGACUCUGGAGCAAAAAACUGGUUUUGCUUUUGUUGGAAUUUUGUGUAUCUUCUUGGGACUUCUUAUUAUCAGAUGCUUCAAAAUCCUGCUAGACCCAUAUAGUAGCAUGCCUUCUUCUACAUGGGAAGAUGAAGUUGAAGAGUUUGAUAAAGGGACAUUUGAAUAUGCACUCGCAUAAAAGUUCCAGCUUUAUGGUUUUUAUGGUUAUGCCAUUGGGACACAUGCAUUUGUAAUUACCUUGAGUGUUCAGGGGAGAGGUUCAUUUCAUUCACUGAAUUUAAUAAACAUCUAUGAUUAAUUCAUCUACCAUGUUGUGUAAGUGAUAAACUAUGGUUGGGAUUACCUUGCUUUCUUCUGUUCCCACAUGGAGGCAUUUAUUGAAUAGAGCAUAAAGAUUGCUCCAACCAUGUA